AUGUUGUUUUACUUCAAGCUAAUCAACAAACAAAAACCACAAGAACAAAAGACCACUCUUGUCAAGUUCUCAAAAAUCAAUUUCGACAUUGAAGUGAUUGGGUGCUUUGCAAGAGUGACAGCAACACACUUUGUGACCAACACAAACCCAACACCAAUUGACCUUUCAAUUAAUUUUGCGUAUGACAAUCAGAGUGCUGUAGUUGGGUAUUCGUACAAAGUGAACGACAAAGAGGUGAUCUCGUCGCUCAAAGAGAUUGAAGCUGCCAAGAAAGAAAUAGCAGACGCAAAAAGUUCUGGAUAUUCGACUUCAGACAUCCAGAAAACAGACGAUCGCACUCUCGUUCUUUCACUUGGCAAUUUGGACACAACCAAAACAGCUGAGUGUAAAAUCGUAUACGUCACACGCCUUCUUGUUAUCAACGAUGAUUUAGUACUUGCAUCGACUGAAACUGUGAAAGACGAAACUGAUGCGGAAGUUACGAUAGAGCACAUUGGCGACACCUCAUCACCCAAAAGCACAUUUACAAAGAAGUUGAGUGAGAUCACAACGAUACCACUCGGUAAAAUUGGGAAUGGGAUUUACAUCACAGACGAUGAAGAUCUCGAGGAGAAGACUGGCUUGUCUGUAUUUGUGAGUGAUGAGAAGGUUGGACCAGUCGAUGCGAUCUUUGUGUGUGACCGCUCUGGAAGUAUGUAUGGCAAAGGCAUCACGUCUCUCAAGAGUGCUUUACAACUCUUUUUGCGACAACUUCCAACAGACAGCACAUUUGACAUCGUUUCGUUUGGGUCACAAUUUGACUCGCUGUUUUCUGGUCUCAAGAAAUACGACGAGACUUCUUUUGACUUUGCGUCGAAAGCUGUCGAGAAAUUUGAAAGCAACUAUGGCGGUACAAACAUCUUGGAACCACUGAAAAGUGCGAUGGCACAGAAGAGUCAAGUCAUUUUGCUGACAGACGGACAAGUUGGGCGCAACGAGAAGAUUGAGAUUCUCAAAUAUUUAGAAGACAACAGAGGAAAGGCGAUAGUCCAUUGCAUUGGACUUGGCGACGGCGUCGAUUCAGACUUAAUCAAAGACAUUGGAAAUGUGGGUGGUGGCAUUUCUGUUGUAGUCAGAGACACCGAAAAUUUGCGAAAAGAACUUUCAGAAAUUACCAACAAGAUCUUGUUGCCUGCAAUCAAAGGUGGGAAAGUGACACUCACAAAUGGAGUUUUUGAAGACGGGAAGAGUGAAGAAGUUGUUGGGAUCUUCAACAAAGAGACUUUUGCGUUCUUUAACACAACAAGUGACUCAAAAACUGAGGGGACGUUGACUGGAAAUGUUGGAGAGAAGAAAGUGACAUUGACAUCCACUGAGAAGAUGCGAGUCAAAAACACCAUUUUGGGACAAUUUAAAGCGUUUGAGAAAUUGAAAGUGUUGGAGUCGAAAGAGGAGAAAGAGAAGUGUGUGAAAUUGUCACUAAAAUACAAUGUCCUGUCUAAAUACACAACUUUUGUUGCGAUAGACAAGUCGACUAAAGUAGAAACAGACGCAGUCAAAAAAGUUGAGAUCAAUCAAAGCGAACACAUUCAAUGCUACCCAAUGAUGUAUGGCGGUAAUAGAGGCGGUUUUGGUGGUGGAAUGAGAAUGAAGAAGUGUUGUGCAGCUCCAAUGGCACCGAGAAUGGCAGCUCCAAUGAUGAUGUGCGACAGUGAAUCGUUGGAACAAUCGAGAGCAGCUGCAAUGAAGAAACGCGACUCUUCAAAACAACACAAUGGAGGGAGUGUCGAGAGGGAGUGUCGGUCUUCUUGUAAAAAAUCUGAAAAGCGUGAAAAGGAACAAAGAGUUGAACAAAAGAAAGUGAUGACUAUAAAUGAGAAGUAUGACUUGUUGAUCAACAAGCAAAAAUUUGAUGGAAGAUUCGAAGACGUUGUCUCUGUUUUUGAAGAAGCCAAAACAGUCGAAGCAAAAUUUGUGAAUGAAAAAGUCGACAAAAAAUGUGUAACGACAGCAACAGCAAUCGCAAUACUCAGGAAGUAUUAUGCCGAUAGAAAAGUCGAGUGGGCUUUGCUUGAAGAAAAGGCAAUGAAGUAUCUUGCUCAAUUCGGAUUUGGCGAAGAUUUGGUCAAUAAAAUCAUAGCAGCACUCGUUUGA